UUUGUUUUCUCGUUUCGUGAUGUUCGUAUUCGUAUUUAGUUAAUCAGUUUUUAAAAAUCCGUUGAAGUUAGAAGCGGUAGAAGUUUCAAACAUUAAACGAAUCCGAAGGCUCUUAAAAUUUCGACAAAUUUUAUGGACUAAUCACAAAGUUAUCAACUGUUUAUAUCUGUGAUGAAUUAUAAAAGUGAAUAUUGAGGAAAAACCUGCAAGAUGAAUUCUAACCUCAUAACAAAUACCUUUACUUUUAAAGACCUUCUUUUGAAAAAACUCUAUUAUUCAGUGAUAUGCAGUGUUUUUUCACAACUUAUUGUAUUAUUGACCUAUGUAUUUAUAUCAAAUAUCAAUAUCGCACAUCCAUCAGACUGGAUAUUGUCAACGGUGAACACCUUCCUGUCUUUGAGCACAUGGCUGUUUGUAAUACCUUUCAUCACGAUCAUUUUCGCUCAAAGCAUUAUUUGCUCCAAAGACUACAUCUCCAAACCUAGCUAUUGUUCUACAAGAUUCCAGCAAUUCAUAUCAGCUUUCUCAAUACGAAACCUGAUCCUUUUGGUGUUGAACAUAAUAGUGGGAACUGCUUCAGUAUGGAUGUUUCUAUCGCUUGGAGGGGAGCAUCAAAAUCUCACCAGCAUCUGCAAAGGUCAGAGUUACUGUUUGAAUGAGGGUUCGCUUUAUCUCAUUUCCAGUGGCUUAUGGACAGGUUUCUAUUACUUUGCAAAGGUGUAUAUUUCUGAGAAACAUCUAGAAUUUCCAGUUAUCCAUCAAAACAAAGUUCUGCAGUUCAAAUCUCAAUUAAUACCAUUAAUUAAAGAAAGUUUAAUAAAGUCUGUUUGGCCUUUAUUUUACUUCGUGUUUUUGUAUACAUUAUGGGGAAAUAUGUUUUACCAAAAUUUAAGAGCAACUUUUGGUCUCCUGGAAGGAGAAACCAGUGACGGAUCUUUCAUUUACUUGAAGUUGUGGAUGUUCAGCACAAUAUAUUACUUCAAUAUGAACAUGAUGCGAUUUUUCUUCAAUGUUUUUCUUACGGAGCCUGUGGAAUUUCUUCCGUGCAAACAAACAGAUGAUUCCUUGUGCCUUCAAGAUUUCAUUCAUACAUCGGAUUUUCCUAUAGUACAAAAUUUGGCUUGUCUGGAUCUCUCCAACCUGGCUCAAUGGUCAAAGCAGAGAAGGCAAGUGUUUUUUACACUCUCACAACCUGGAGGGCAUCCCCACAUUUGGAACUCUUUAGUAGAAAGUGUCUUGAGGUUAUUAACUGAAUAUACAGAACUUUUAAGUAAGUCCACCGAAAGUAUGGAAAGAGUUUCCAAACCGUUGCCGCAAGUGCCUAUACAAAGUCCCAUUAAGUACCAAAACCUUCGUAAUAUGUCUUGUUCAUCCGAUAUGAUGACAGACAUUGUUGACAUUACACAUACAUCUGUGCCAGUUAUAUCAUCUGUGAAAGCUGCAACGGAUAAACUCCAAGAAAAGAUAACAAACAUGUUUGGAAUAUUGAAAGUUCUUCUUGGAAUCAACUUUUUAUUUGGGGAAUUACCUCAAGCCAAUAUCCAAAAGUGCCUUGCCAAUGGACUCACAAUAAUCUGGACCUGUCAAGGGAUAUCGGAUUUGGCAUGUGCUUCAAUUAUGGAAGAUAAGUAUGGAAUUGUUCAGAAGGAUAUACCAGCAAUAGUCAGUACUCUAGUAAAAUUGAAACAGAAUUUAGACAAACUGAACAAAAUUAGUGCCCUAUCCAAAAAGAUUGCGGGGUACGAUGACUUCAACUGUAAGAUGAAAGGAGCUGUAUCAGCGGCAGUUAAAAGAAGUUUAUUCAAUAUAUGCAGGACUUUUGGAAAAUUUAUGAGUGAAUUUCCUUUGAAUAAAGAUGUUGCCUUGUAUCUGCAAACUAUUUAUAAAAGCUAGUGUGGUGUACUAUUAUGAAAUAACUCUUAUUUAUUAUUAUUUGUGAAUUUACGUUUAAUUUUUAUUGUUAAUUAGUGUUUGGAAGUUAGCUUGUACUUUUAUUUAUGUUGGUAAAUUGAAAAUUCAGCAUAUUUUUUCACUGAAUAUGUACUCAUUUUAUACUGGUAAAAAUAGUUUUCUGUUUUAUUUUCAACAUUGAACAUAAUAGUUAUCAACAACAUUGAAUAAAAGAUAUAAAGGAUAUAA